UUAACUACUUCAGACUCAUGUCGUACACUGGAGAUGAGCAACGAACAUAUGUUUGAAGGCAAACGUUUACAAAAUCACGUGAUUGGCAGCGUUGGCGUUAUUGAUGCAGAUAGCUGUGGGUUAUUUUGCUUCGAAGAACCAAACUGCGUCAGUUUGAACUUUAAGAAGUCAACGAGCCAAUGUGAACUAAACAACUCAACUUUUGAAGGACAAGAGGAUAAGCUGGAGACAAACUCGGAUUAUUUUUAUCAAGGAGCCAAAGUAAGUUAGAAAUUUUAUAUUUCAAACAAGUAACCUUUAAUUUAAGUUAGGUUCAAAGGUCAAACAUCUCACCUCGAUCAAAAUUGUCUUUCCCAAUCAUGCAGUCAGGUUGUUACUCAUGGCCAAAGUAAAGAGUUGUUGCAAGGGAUACCUCGUAGAGUUCCCACGCACGUGCAGGAAAAACAGCGCUAAAAAUGGCGUAUUUAGCUGUCUUUUAGAGCACCCGUUGAAGCGGUUUAGCUUUUCUUGUUGAAUGAGUUUGUCAAUCAAAGCCCUCAUAAGUCAGUUGGAACGCAUGUCCGAUAAAACUGGCUAUCCUUUGACGCUGGACUUUUUCUACUUCGUCAAUCGUAGAAAGAGGUGUAGUGCUCGAUUCGACUUGCAUGUUUGGAGCAAUUUUUUUAAAAAAUAUUGGUGAUGGUAAGACUUUUUUCCUAGCAAACUCAACUUGCAUGAAAGAAAGCGCAUUCAAAAUUUGUGAGCUUUUAAUUUGAACACUAAUAAUAUACACGAAAAAAUUACUCAAUUCUGAUUGGCUGAGAAAGGAGUGCAGUUUUUCUGUAACACGAGUGCAAACUUGUAACACGAGUGCAAAUUACAAAUGCUUUCUGAUUGGCUGAAAACACAAAAGAAACCAACAAGAAUCAAUCACAUUAGAGCUGUUUUAACAACAAAAUUCAAGAAAAUGGCCAUGGUUUUCAGCAGACAACGACGGAAUUUACUUAUGUAAGCAAAACAACAAUAGAAAAGUUAAAAAAAUAUUCCAAAAACCCGAACACAGUAAAAAGUACGUCUUUCUGGCUAAAUGUAUUGAAAAUGCGUUGCUAAGAGAAAAAUGCUGUCAACAAAAUCGAGCAAAAAUGAGCCAGAGAAACUAAAAAACAAGCUACUUAAUUAUAACAGACUACGCUAAAGUAAAAAAAUAAAGAACAAAAACGGUUGCAACCUCACGCAAACCAUGACAGCUACACUCUUCAGGCACUUAAAUGAACAAGGAUACAAUUCCAUGAUAACAACAGGGAUUUCAAUCUCUCUGAGUCUUUUGUGGAGCGAAGACCUCUAUUAAAACAUCCAUGCGAUGGUCUGUUUUUUUUUCUACCUCAGUAGCAAACGAAAACGAAAAUUUUAACAUCUGGUCCAAACUAAACCAAUGGGCGAAAAUACCAUAACUCACAUAAUGAAAGUAUCCGUAGCUGGUACUAGCCUUAAAAAAAGUGCGAAAAAAUUUUACGAAUCAUUGUGCAAGAAAAACAAUAGUCAGGAAGCUGAAGAAAGCAAAGAUUGUAAGUUCAGAGCAUAUCGUCAAUUUCACAGGCCACAGAGGUAUUAACUUCUCUAACGACUACGAUAAAGCCGACGAAGAAGAGCUACGAUGACUCUUGCAGUAGGCCAAAUGAAAUAAUGAAAAUUCCAGCGCUGAGAAAAAGCAAAUAUUAUAUUAAUACUGGCAGUUUCCGACAUCACAACAACAGUGGCUCCACUCACCCAUCGAUAGCAGCGUCGAAAGAAGACAAAUUGCCUCCUUCAUUGUCCCGUUUUAAAUCUCAAACAUUUCUCCAUGAAUCCAGCUAUGAUGGGUUCUCUGGAACAGACAAUGAUGAACAGACGUUAAAAAACCUUAGCAAGUGUCUUUCAUCUUUGGCUGCUCGAAGCGUUCUCCUGAUUUCAAAACGGCAGUUGACUUCUUGGAAACGCUUCUUGUAAACGCCGAGCUCUCAUAAUCGAGGAUGAAUUUAAAAACACUUACUUUUGCUGAUUAUUGUAAACCAAGUUAUCUUUAACAGGCUGGUGACCAUAUAAAAAAAUCCUUGCACAUUUCCAAUUUCUUAGAUGAAUGAUUUUGAAAGCGUUGGUCUUGAAAAAGUUUGAAUUUGACAAAGGUAGUAGUCUGUUUCAGCCAAUCUGGUGAAUGAACUAAAAACGUGCGCGCUGUCAAAAUUUGUUGUUGUAGUUAUGUUUUUCGUGUAUAUUAUUAAUAAGUUAGUAAGUGUAAUCAAAUGAUGACGAGUGAAAUUAGGAUUUGGACAAAAUGCAAGUGAAAUUAUUCCCUAAUUUCACGAGUAUACCAUUUGAUUACCUAUUAAUAUCAUGGGUGACGAAUUACGUUAGCAAUCUUGCAUUUUUGACAUGUUUAUCCUGGAUCGUAUCGAUCGAGAACUCCACUCUCUCAAAUGUUUAGACCUUAAAUUUGGCUUAUAAAGUUCAGAAUUUUUCAGACUUUUUCGGAAAAAAACCUGUCAGAAUCCUUCUUGAUGUUCUCUUGUGUGUUCAGGUUUUCUAAAGCGUCUUUUUGUGCCCUGGCAUCUUCAUUCACGGUAUUUUAAAACUUCGUCGCCAUCUUGACACUGAGACGUACGGAAGGGUUGUCAUGGCAAUUUUGUAAUUUCACAUUUGAAAUUAAAAAUUAACGCUGAAAUUUCGCGCCAAAAUUAAGGAGUAAUUCGUCACCUAUGUUACAUGAUUUUUCUCGUGCAAGUUGGAAUAAAUAAGCACUUGUAAAUUUUUCAAAGACAACAAAGUGCACACGCCCUACGGGCACGUGCACUUUUGUUGGUCUUUGAAAAAUUUACAAGUGCUUAUUUAUUCCAAAUUGCACUCGAAUUCAUGUGAUUACCUAUACAUAAGAGAUUUAAUAUGAACCAAUCAGGGUUAAAAGAGACCGGCAAGCCUAGGCAAACCUAUUGUUUCUAUUGUAUAACAGAGAAGCUCAUUAGAUAUGCAGGAAGACCCUCAUUAGUAUGGAGUAACGCACUUUUACCUAGCUAGCUAAACACUGACUAUAGGCACUUAAUUAGUAUGAAGGAAGGCCAAAUUUUAAUAGCAUGCAGGAACACGUAAUGACAAGGUACUUGCUAGGCAUCAACCAGGAGUAAAACAACAUAGUACCCUUACCAAAAUGCGUAACUUGAUAUUCCUAAUCAGGUGAUUCUUCCUGUCCUAGAACGCAUGCUUGAAAACCCAUUGCAAGAACAAAGCCACCUGUCAAACCGGUUUUACAGACAAAGGAUACCACUGUUUGUGUACCGCUGGGUUUAAAGGAGAGUACUGUGACAUCGGUAAGUGCCUUCCUUCGACUAAUAACGCUGCAUGCAUAGGUUCGAUUAAAACACUUGUGUACGCAUGAUGACCCGCAAGCCUUGGAUACGUGUACGACGGUCAUCUGAAUUGACCGAUUGCGCAAUAUAAAACAAAGGAAGUGUUGACAACAUAGUGCAGGACCGAAGGUCGGAAACCAUGAGAAACCCCUGGAACUUAUUACUCGCACGUCAUCUUGCUAAUUCAUAUGACAUUUCAUUCCGACAGGAGCAAUUAACACAAUCAAAAUAUGCUUUUGUCCCCAAACGAUAACCGGAACCUCCGUGAAUACAUCUUCGAUUCUAUUUUAAAAAUUUUCAAAGAGAGCAACUUUAGAGCACCCGGCCACUUUACUUAAAUUUAUUUACAUCGUGCGGGCCGCGCCGAAACGUUUCUUUGUAACUACCAAGUAAAACCAAAGUUUCCAGGUGAUUAAAAGCAAAAGGACGCGCGCGAGGAGAACGCGAGACCACAAAAAUAUUGUUUUCGAAAUGUAACCGCAUUAGCAGAGAUUCUCCGCGAACGGAUCGCAACAGUGUUGUUCUAAAUAAAUAUCAAAAAGAAGAAGAAAAGCCUUCUUCCGAAUAAACGAUUACGUACUGUGCUUUCCAGUUUCUAGGACGUACUAAAAGUGCCGGAAAUGGGAAUUUUGCCACGCGUGUUUUAUUUGUAACGAGAAAACAAAUCUUUUACGGAUAAAUGCCGAAAAAUAUAACUGGCGGAGGGUCUCCUACAAGAAAAUCUCCUAUUAAAAAACACUCUAAGACACACAUAUAGCUUUUGUAGCUUGUAAACCCCUUAAUUUUCCAGUUAUUGCGCAAGUGAUUUCAUAAUACCUUGGUGUCUAACUCACAGAAUCACGGGCGCGCCACCUAGUGUUUCUGUUGCUUAAAAAAUCGCACUUAGGAGUUUAGAACACCAUGGCAUUACAAUAAAACUCGCUUACUCAAGCUAAAACAUAUUAACCUUUAAAUUUCCACUUGGUACGCAAGUGAUUUCAUAAUGCCGAGGUGUCUAGACUCACAGAAUCACGGGCGAGCCACCUAGUGUUUCUGUUGCUUUAAAAAUCGCACUUAGGAGUUUAGAACACCAUGGCAUUACAAUAAAACUCGCUUACUCAAGCUAAAUCGUAGUAACCUUUAAAUUUCCACUUGGAGCGCGAGUGAUUUCAUAAUGCCGAGGUGUCUAAGCUCACAGAAUCACGGGCGAGCCACCUAGUGUUUCUGUUGCUUUAAAAAUCGCACUUAGGAGUUUAGAACACCAUGGCAUUACAAUAAAACUCGCUUACUCAAGCUAAAUCUUAUUAACCUUUAAAUUUCCACUUGGUACGCAAGUGAUUUCAUAAUACCGUGGUGUCUAACUCACAGAAUCACGGGCGUGCCACCUAGUGUUUCUGUUGCAUGAUAAAACUCGCACUUAGGAGUUUAGAACACCAUGGCAUUACAAUAAAACUCGCUUACUCAAGCUUAAACAUAUUAAACUUUAAAUUUCCACUUCGUGCACAAGUGAUUUCAUAAUGCCGUGGCGUCUAAACUCACAGAAUCACGGGCGUGCCACCUAGUGUUUCUGUUGCUUUAAAAAUCGCACUUAGGAGUUAAGAACACCAUGGCAUUACAAUAAAACUCGCUUACUCAAGCUUAAACAUAUUAAACUUUAAAUUUCCACUUCGUGCACAAGUGAUUUCAUAAUGCCGUGGCGUCUAAACUCACAGAAUCACGGGCGUGCCACCUAGUGUUUCUGUUGCUUUAAAAAUCGCACUUAGGAGUUAAGAACACCAUGGCAUUACAAUAAAACUCGCCGCACGCCUAGUCUUUUUUUUAAAAAAUAGUCACCCUUGAAACAUGUUAACAAUGAUUUCCACUCCCAUACCUAAUUUUCUAAAAUCCUGCAAUACAUAGCUUUUUCUUGAAUGAAUAAAGAGUUAAAUAGCGGAAGAGGCGAGAUUUGGUAAUUUUUGGCGGGCUUUGGACACGUUUUGGCGGGAUGACGAUUUCACUAUUCGACCGAAUCCAUUGGAUCGCUUAGUCUCUGUGUUUUCUGCCUCUACUAUGACAUCUUCAUCUACUAACAAUAGUAUUCCGCAACCCGUCGUCAUUAAAUAACCGAAAUUUUUUAUGUAGCCCGUUUGCACACGAUUUACAUCAUUAGCAGCAGAUCGUGCAUAAUAGUCACCAAACAAAUGCAGUCGGAUUAGAAGAUCUAACGUUUUCAACAUCAAAAUGCCUACCAGACUGCCGAUGAAUAUUACCACUUACACGUUUGUCGUAAUAUCGUUAGGCUCAGGAACAUUUUGAAGGCAUAGGAAGACCGUCUUCUUCUCGUAAUGUCAUAAAUCGAAAGACGCACACAACGUCCUUUACGUUCAUCGCAGAAGUACAAUGCCGGCUUUACAUGUAUUCGAUCAGAGGUCAAAUCAUAAUGUCACACUACUUCCAUAUAAAGAAAAAGUCAAUUAUUAUUUCCAUUGUUUGGGUUAAAUUUUUAACUAUAGUGAGUUGAAUGUACAAGAUUCCAUCAGAGAGAUGCCAUAAAAAUACGAACACAACGCACCAGCGCGUUCGUGACACGCGAUUCACGGCGGAAACUGCAGUUUAGCAAGCUCACGCCAAAGAAAUUCGUUAUAUCUUCACACACAAAGCCUCGGAGAUCAAUGAUUGCAAUCUGCUUUGGCAUCCAUCUUUCCUUUACGAUGAGUAGUAAACUGUGUGUUCAAGGAGUGCGGGUUUUACAUAAUAAAGAUUUUGAAUCAACGCUUUUAUCUAGCAACAUUCGCCCGAUUCUAUUUGAGUUCUGCGACCUUCAAUACGUACAUUCAAUACAAUAUGGAACUACGCUACAUUUUACUGAAUACUGGAAAAGACCAGAAAGACAACGCUUGAGUCGUAGGCCACGCGCGAUUAUUCUGGAUAACUCGUGAGCUAAGAACGCAAAUCUCUGGCUUAUGUUAAAUUGUAAUCUCUUCUGAAUUACUCUAUCGCCAGAUGUCGCCUUAAUCUUGUUAAAAAAAGUGACGCUUUAUCGAAUAAUACCACUGAUGAUUGGACCAAAUGGUAAAGAAACUAAUUGCUUUUCGCGGUAGGAAGUUUAUUGCUUGUCACUCAAACCCUAGCUUCCUUAACAACCCCAGCGUCCUGUGGUGUACAAAAAAAAGUCGUAUGCGGGUCCUCAUGCGAACGUGAUAGGGUUAUUACUUGCGUGUUCUGUCGUGAUCUUUUUUACGCAACAUUAAAGCUUUCUGGUCUUUACAAAAUAUCUGUUUAAAAGAAAGUAAAGAUUGGCGAAAUAUUUCAAACAAAAUUAUUGUCACACUUGUCACACAAGGCUUGCCGUCAUCUUUCCUCUCCCGUCCUGUUGCGUGUAAGUUCAUCAAGUGAGAUUAUUUCAAAUGCGUACAUAGCCCAUUUUUAAAAUAAAAUCUAAGUCGCCCCUCUGCUUAGUCGCUAAAAAAUUCAAAGUGUGUGUUGACAAGAUUGAUUUCAAUUGAUAAGCAGCAGGCGUUUAUUCCUCGAUCACUGAGUUAUGGCUGGUUUACAUACACGUCGUACGACAAAUGAAGAAAACAUAAACAUGCUUAAAACAACAUACCGAUGAAUGCACUGUUAAUGGUUGUCUUUCGUCACGUGAAAAGGUGCUAGUCAGUAUUCCAAGUUGUUCGAAACGUUAGAAUUAAGCGCUUUUCCCAAGUAGAUUAUAAAGUCUUAGAAUUGUCAAUUUGAUUGAUUAGAUCUGUGAUUGAUGAAAGGCUAAAGUAUUUUAUACUUUUUGUAGCCUGUGCCAGGGUCUUAUAUAGUAAGGGACCACGCGAAAAGAAAACCUGAAGUUGAGUGAAAAUAAGACGUUCACAAUUUUUUUUUGUGCUUAUGUGUACGAAACAAGCUGCAAUUUGAUGGCCUGUUUUUUUUUUAGACAUUGAUGAGUGCGCUGCAGGUACACACAACUGCAGUACGAAUACGUUCUGCACCAAUAAAGAAGGAUCUUACAACUGCACUUGUAAUCCGGGAUAUUACGGAGAUGUAGAGAACUGUGAACCGGGUAAGUCUGGGUUACUGCGGGCGACAUGAGGAGCCCGCAAUCCUAAUCUCCAGGUUGUUAUUACGCAUGCCUCGCAUGUAUGUAGCAUGCGAAGUUUGGAAUGAAUGGAAUGCACAGAACCCAAUUUCAUCACGCACGUUUGGACCUUCUAUCACUCGCAAUCUGAUCACGAAUGUUUUGACGUAUCUCUCACGUGAAACUUAGCCAAAACACACUAGCAGUCACCGAUGGAGCUAAAGGGUUUUGACCUUUGAUCGUUGUCGCCCUCACUCCGUAUCCUUUGGUUAUUGCAACCUAUUUUUAAUAAGUUAUUUGGUGGCCUGAGGAAAUCCCCAAUUAGUUCACAGAAAGGCCUCUAUCCUCUAUAGUUGUAAACAUUGCUUUGAGCGGUUAAUUCAAUCAGUUUUUACUCUGUUUUCAGACUCGUGUUGUUGUUGUUUUUUUUUCUCUUAUCUUAAAAACAACAACGCUUAAGAACUUCCACGUGUUUUAAAGAAAUUUCUUACUCUAAGACUUUGGCAAAACACCGCGUUCUGACGCCAGCGCAGCAAUUUUGUUUUGUUUUAUAUUCACCUCCUAGAGCUGAGAUCAUAAGAGUUGCUCAAAAAUAAUAUAUUAUAAUCACAACGGCCAUUAAAAAUUUAAGAAAUUCCCCCUACCGUAAACCCAAAAUGUCCUAAACGGUCCAUGAAAUUCAAAACCAUUAGUCGUUCAUCACUCACGUUGGAUCUCAGCUUCGACUCUUUUAUAUUAGCUCGUGGGUAAUCGACGGCCUUCGAGAAAUCAUUGGCGUACUUCUUACAGUUUAUCUCUUUGUCUGUCUUUUGUGUGAUGCAGUUUCAUCCUGCAAGGACAUCUUUGAUAAGAAUAUGUAAGUAACAAAAUUUCAUUGGUACUCUUUGAUACAAAUAAACCCUUUGUGUAAAUUACGGAAAGUUCUCUUUAUGCUCCGAGUUAGAGAUGUAAUCAGUUUCUAUAUCUUUAAUUGACCUCUACUGAAAAAACCCAAACACACCAUAAUACUCUUUGUUAGUCACUCGAAAAUUUUGCAUAAGCAUUGUCUUCAGUUUCUCUUGGGAGUUAAAAUGGCCCCAAGAGAAACUGAAAACAAUAUAUGCUUAUGCAAAAUUUUAGAGUGACCAACAAAGAGUAUUAUGGUAUGUUAUGGUAUUUUCUGUAGUGGUCAAUACGGGCACCUCAUGAAAAAGGAAAUUAAGGACUAUGCGCUGCAUCAAUAAAUUUGCUGUGUGAAUUCCCAAAUCCUGAUACCACAAAAGACAAAAUGCUAUCUUAUGGCGCCAGUUUCCUCUGUUCCAACAUCUUCUGCCAUCUUUGCAUGAACCAGAAAAAUCUAGCACUGAGGCUAUUCUUAUUAGGCUUCCAAUUACAUUACUGUAACAGUUUUCUUUAGGCAACUGAUCAAUAUUCGUUUUGUUUUGACUUUUCGCACAUGAUUGUUUGAGUCAAGAUAUUUUUGUUCUUAUGACAUUGUUUUCAUACUAAUAUAUAUUCACGGGUAUAAAAAGGUCUCAUUUGCACUUUAAUCUUUUUAAGAUCCAAUGAAAGCAAAGCGUACCCACUUGUUGUGGAAGAUGAGGUUAUUGACGUUUACUGUCACAUGACCAUGGCUUCGACUUCAAAUGGAGAAUGCGGUGAUGGUGGAUGGACGCUGAUCAUGAAGAUUGAUGGCAAUCAGGUAGCUGACUUGCAUUAUCUGUGGUUGCCUUCAGUUUUCAGUUUUUUGAUUUUAAAUGUCUCUGAAUUUCCAUUUUUAUGUAAAAUAACCGUCAGUACCUUAGUCAUCUAUAAAAACAAGCUAAUAGCAGAAACCCACUUAUCUUUGUAAUCAUCUUAGUAGUGUACUUGUAAGCUUCUGAUUUAUAUGUUACAGUUAAUCUCAGCAUUCUUUUCUUUACCUUUAUUUUUUUUUACAAUUAAUAUACCGGUAAGUUUAAAAAUACUUCUGUUGGCUUGUCACUUUAUUAAUACCAUUUGGAGUGCGUAGUUUGUUUUAAAUAGACGCUAUACCCACCUAGACUAGCAUUCAUAUCUGGAUUAACCAAUAAAAAUGACAAAUGAAAUGAAAAAAUGAAAAGAAUUUCGUGUCAGAGUGCUAUAAUGAGUGUUUCUUAACUAAUAAAUGGCCGUUCAUAAUAGCAUUCCUAUCAUAUUAAAGCAACUUAUCACUAUAGGAAAUAUCCCACCUGAUAUGUGAACCUUUGAUCAGUAGCCGGUCUCUAUGACCAUUCUCCUAUUUAUGUAUGUAAAGGUGAUGGUUUGUUAUAAUUUGUAACAAAAUGUUCUUCCCAAAGCAAACUUUCCACUACACCUCUGCAUACUGGCAAGAUAAAAACACCUUCAAUGUUGAUGGAGGCAAGACUGCAUUUGACUCACUGGAGACCAAACUUCCCUCCUACUGGAACACAUCCUUCUCCAAGAUCUGCCUCGGAAUGAAGAUCAACAACCAGAUCAGUUUUAUCGAAAUCACUAAGAGCGCCAGUUCCCUGUAUUCACUAAUGGCUGAUGGGCAAUACCGCAGCACCUCACUGGGUCGUGAUAAGUGGAAGUCCGUAGUUGGUCCCGAUGCUUCCUUACAGGUCAACUGUAACAUGGAAGGUUUUAAUGCAGCGUGUACCAGGACAGGACGAUCUAAAGCAAGAAUCGGUAUAGUAGGUAAUGAUGAAAACGAUUGCUGGUCCUGUAACUCCAGGAUCGGCUUUGGCACUGGAGGAGAACACGACGACUCUAACACAUGUGGAAACGACGCUAUGUUCAGCAGUUUGGAUAAUGGUGACCAGCAUAUCAAGGCUAUGGGAUACAUUUUGGUUCAAUGAAAUAGAACUCUCAAUAAAUCAAGAGCAGUAAAUAAUGUUGAUUAAAAGACCUGUUUGACCGAAUUUGCUAGUUCUCUAUUGCGCAGUGACAAAAGCUUAACUCAGUCCUUUAUCGAUCCACUCUGAACUUCGAACACUAGCAACCUGAAGGAGGUUUUUUUUUACAUUUCUGGCGUUCCAACCCAAUGGGGCGUUGAUGUAAGAGGAGCGGUUCUUUCAAAAUUACUUCCAAGAAUUACAUUAAAUCAUCUUGGUUUCAUUUAAGGACAGCAACAAUCAUUCUCUCUUGUUAGCUUCCAUCUGCGGCGUUAAAUCAAGGGCGGCGUUUAAUUCAGUAAAUACAGUUUUUUAAUAUUACUGCCCGCCCCAGGUGUGUAGGCCGCCCUCGGGAGGGGGGAUGGGCACUCCCUAUGAUGACCUAUACGGGGAGGCUCCUCCCGAAAGGGUAUCUUUUUAAGGCUUCGGGUAUAUCACGGAAAGGAUAGGGAUUUCACUGAUUAAAGUAUUAAUAAAAGGGAAGCGAAAUCUGUCAUUUGGGUCUGCGAAAGGGCCCCAAAGGGCUAACAGAUAAAUUUUGUGUCUUUAUAAAGUCGAGAAAAGUGCUCUAUUUUUAUGACUGCUUCCUAUAUAAAAGACAGUGCAUUUACAGCAGUUAAAAGGGAUGCAAAUUUCUCAACAAGGUGCGUGAAAGGGGUACCAUUUGUCAAUAGCAUAUAUACGAAAGGGAUACCGUUUUCGUGGAAAAUGGUAUAUAAGAGGGUAAGGGGUUGGACUUCGGGACUGGAGCCUCCCCGGGUAAACAUAUGUUGAGUACCACUCCCCCCCGGGGGAUAGGCCGUUGUUUUUGACUUAAAAAAAAGACAAGGUUACGAGUACUAUGUUGCGCAUGUUCUAUCACAAUGGACAGUUUUUCUUGCAAAUUGACACGUUUUCGCUGUUACGGGGGGCUUAUUUUUUUCAAGCACUUUUGAGGGGGGGGGCUUAUUUAAUUUAGCGAAACGCAUCACCUGUAGCAAAUUACCUUGGUAUGAGACAGAGUAGACUUACGCGUUGUACAAUUAAAGUCACCGUCAAAAGUAUUUAAUUCACUUGUGGGAGCCUAAAAGUAGCAAAAACAAAACUCUUAUUCUUCAAAAAUGUUCUUUCGGCCUUAUGUUCUUCGGUAAUUUUUAUGAAUAAACCAUAACUGAUCAGUCCACGUUAAUCGUUAUAAUUUUGUGAAGAAUAAGGAUUGGGGGAGGGGGAGUGCCAGCUCGAUGAUAUUAGCUUGUUAGCUAACCUAAAAUUCGAGUAUAAAUAAAGUUUGUGUUUAUGUUGUGUUGGCAUAGGGUUAAUAGAGACUAAAUGGAAGACAGUAAAGGAUAGUAGGCAGUGCUAAUCAUUCAAACCCAUCUAAAAUAUCCUGAACAUGGCAUGAAUAUUUCUUAAAAUCGUUCUAUAAAACCACUCGGUACUCGAAACGUAUUCGAUGCCGUGGUGAACCUGCAAUACGAUAAUUUUGAUUAUCAAACAACAUCAGGAAGAUGACGCGAAAGCUCUCCGGCACUGUACUUAUAUAAGCCAAGUAGAGUAACUGUAAAAGUACUCAUAGCGCGGGAGUGAAAUAAAAUGACUUGGGAAUAACAUAUGACAUGAAUAUUCCCUGAUCGUUCUAUAUUAAGCCCCGUCGUUAGCUACGACAAACGCAUUCGACUCCGCGGUGAAACUGCAUUUUUCACUCAAUAACCAUUUUGAGUGAUUUCUGGUCAUCAAGAUAUUUUUUUUCUAGCAAUCUGGUGGGCAGGAUAUUUUUUCCCUUUUUUUGCCGUAAGCUUUCUAUUACAUUUGUGCUGCAUGCAAUUUUUUCCUUCCGACAAGCGCUUGCAGGAAAUUUUUUUCAAAAUCGCCCACCCCCACCCUCAAGAGUUAAAUGGUCGGCCCUUAUGAAAUUUGAUAUUAUACAUGUGCGUACAUAAAUCAUGCCAAACAUUUUUCUUAAAACUGAAACAAUAAAACGUGAGUUUUUCAUGCCAAAAUUCUAUCUAUUCUAAGUCGUUUUUUUUUUCUAUCGAUACUGAAACCUUCUAAAGUAUGUUUAAUUAUAAUCAGCAUCAUUAAGCGCCAAGGUAUAUGGGGAAUUUAUUAGGUAUAUACAAACAUUUUAAGAUUGUUUGACACACCGUUUAAUGACGUAAUGCUUUCUGUAAACAAAUAGCCUGCGUAGCAAGCGGUUCCGCGCGAGUUCGUCGAGAAAACUGGAACGAGAGCAAAAAAAAGGAAAUUUCGCGCUCUAACUCGACUGGAAACGCUUGCUACGCAGGCUAGUAAACAAAAAAAAACUGUAGAGUAAAAGCAAAAGUAAUAAUCAGGCUGUCAUCAUGGAAUCUGGCUGUCAUCAUGGAAUCUUAAUAUUAAGCUAGUUAUCGUCAUGUCUCAACCUAAGCAUGACGAUGCAAAUACUCAACAACCAAUUAUGUUUGCCCUAUUACUUAUUAAACAAAAUUUUUUCGCCAACCAAUUGAAAUGAAAAACGCCUAAACACGAUUCUGUGUGGUCUAGCAGUGUUGAUAUAUUUGGAAGUUCUAUGUAAAGUAUAGUAUCCGUUGGUUGUAGCAUCAAAAAAAAGUUUUAACAUGAUUAACAAAUCACACACUGAGUUUCGCCAAAAUACAGCGCUCGGGAAAAAACGGUUUUGAGGGCUGAACAUUCUCAAAGAAAACUUUUCCUUCAAGCACUUUACUUGCUUCAUGUCUCCUUUUUUUAUAAUGGAGCUAAUAGUUUUGUGGAUUUCACUGGGAUUCAUCUCCUGGACACAUGGGCAUGAUUCAAACAGCGAAGGUUAGUAUAUUCCUGUUAGUGGUUACCCCUUAUCAUUUUGGCGUUGGUAUAAAGUCAUCAGAUAAUUAUUAUGUUUAGUUAAGGUAAAAAAAACCACUGCAAAAGCCGUGUACGAACAAUCUUGCUCAACGUCGGAUCCAAAAAGAUCGUGAUCAGUCAAAAUAUAUAAUAUUGAAAACGUUACAGUCAAGAAGACUUUUGCAGGGACUUUUGAAAUGAAAAAAUUUCAAGAAGACUUUUGCAGGGUAAUUAUUAACUUAAAAAAAAAACAAUGAAAAAUGUCGCUGUUCUUGUUGUUGUAGUUGUUGUUUUUCAACCAAACAUUUUAUCGCUAUCCUAAAAAAAAUUGAAUAAUAUUGCAAUGAGUUGAGAGCCAUGUUUAUCUAUAAACUGGCCAUCAUUUUAUGGCAAACAUUUAGCAGGUGCAGCAGGUCUUUUGUAAUGCAUUAUUCACUGUAUACAUCACAUUACGACUACAAAAACUUAGUCUAGAAAAUGGACACUACAUGAAAAACCUUGAUAUAUCCCGCUGUGAACGCAGACGUAUUUCCGGUCGUCGCUUCUCUCCACACGAAAAUACUCCUGCAUUCGCAGGCUAACCUCGAAGAAAGUCGUUUAAUAAUACUACUACUAUCACUACUACCACUAAUAAUAAUAAUAUUGCAUCUAUAAGUGUUGCAAAAUUAUCGGUACCAUCCGACCGAAACACCUCGACGAAAGUCAUUGAAAAGCUCUCAAGUGACAAAGAUCUUGAGAUUAACUACGAGAAUGUGGGGAAUGAGGACAGAGACUAUGACGGUUAUUGCUGGUGCACUGCGACUAAUAUUAGAAGGGGAAUGGACCAGAAUUUAGGAAAGAUCCCUGGAGCCAGUAAUAUUAAUGAGCUGCAAAAGAUCACCCUCCUAUAAACGGCGCACAUACUGAGAAGGUGUCUGUCCAUCAAAUAAAAAACUCCCCUGGUACCUCAGGACUAAGCAGACUAAGGAAUGACCCCGGUUCUAGCAGAGUGUAGGAAGCAAUUAAUACCACUGAAAACUUUUAUAAUAACAAUAAUAGUCAUAAAAGUAAAUUAAAAUUAUCAUACAAAUUAUCCUAGAAUCCUUUGAGGCAUUUUUUUUGAAAGCUUUAUUACUUUGACAGUUUUAUACGUAGAAGACUGUCAGCCACAACAAGAUAGCACUUGCCAUAAAAUAUCUUCUCAUGUCACAUCUAGGGUGAUGACGUCAUCAGUCACGUGACCAUUGCUGAAUUAGGGUUUUCUUUGUUUCUGUGACAAGAUUUCUUCAUUGGGUUGAAAUAAAAUGGCAUAUUUGAGGUUUUGGUUGCGUGGAGCAUUUAAAAAUAACCAGUUUACGUCCGGAAUUUAAAUUUAAAGGGGGAAAUGAACAUGGGUGAAAAAGUUGGGAAACUAGGCUGAGGGCUGUAGAGAGUAAACGUUUCAUCACACAACAGAGAAAAUUUGUAGGAAAGUAAUGUUCUACCUGACAAUUUUUUUCAUUACCAAAAGAGGGACAUGAUGUCAUCAAUCACGUUCACGAUCAGAGGUUUUGAAGAUUUUAGUUCGUUUUUUUUAAUGUUAAUUUUUCGCCAUAAUUCUGCAAGUUUUUGUUGUUUUUCUCUACAAAUCUUUACUCUGUAUUACCCCUGAGUAAUUGUUAUUCCAUUUUCACAUCAGAAGCAAACGAAAACUGAGCCAGAAGUUUAAAAGUUGUGUUAAUCGACCGAUAUUGCAAAUUAAAAUCGAAAAGGAGACUUUCGUAAAAUCCUUUUUCAACUUAACUGUUUGUUUGCCGAAUAAAUGUUCAACGUUUGUUAAUAAAGGAGAACUUUCAAAGCUAAAAGGAUGUAUUUGGCGGCCAUAUUAUUUUUCUUCAUUCUGGGGAGAAAGAUCCUGAAGCAUGCAGUUCUUUUAACGCUAAAAGCCAAAUGGUGGUGCCACCCUAACCUAAAACAAUGGAAAUAAUGAUAAACAAUGUUGUGUUAAUGUUUUCCUUGACCGAUGAAAAGACACCUUACGAGCAGGGAGAGAAUCGUAUGGUCAUACUGUUCAUUCGGUAGCCGCAAGAUCGAUAAAGUUCUUAAACGUUCCCCGGAAUGGACCAAGCCUGAAAGAAUAUUAAUGGGUUUAUUUUGAGAUUUACGUCUGGCUUCGAUCAGUUAAAGAAUUAAUUAUACACGGAAACCGGAAAAGUCAUCCUUGAAAACUGUCAAUCACCAUAGACAAGGAAUAUAUACCUCUUUUAUACUAAAUUUGGCAGCGCUUACUGAUGUGGUCCAGUGGAUGGGAUCAUUCUUUAUGAGUCCUAACGUAUUCGGAUGGUCCGGGUUCGCAUCUCCUUAAAGCAGAUUUUUCGUGACCAUAUUUUUUUUCUUUUUCUUUUUUACUCUGAGUCUUUUUUACCUGUGUGGUGCAUAUAGCUAGUAACAUAAUGUGGUAAAUUGAAAGCAAAAUUUACAGGAAUAUGUAUCAUAGCGCAUUACGCAGUUGAAACGUCGAAUUUCAUAUGUGCCUAAUUUAUUAAUUCAAGAGGUAACUGCUUUGACAUGCGACGUCUGAAUCAAUAAUAAUAAUAAUUAUAAUAAUAAAUAUGUACCAAUUAUAAAUGCGUUAAAAAUGUAACAGCCCUGAACAGUGCUAGAAGUAUUCUUGGUGCUUUUCCUGUAUUGUAGUAGACCUAUAUCACAAUGCAACACACCCAUCUGUGUGUGGAACUUUUCGGAUGAUAUAAAACCAACAAUUUCCGCUGCGUCUCUUUUGAGCUCAAGUGCCGGCUGAGUGUUGGUAAAACCAUUUUUUCGAUUGUUCGCAGUAAAAGCUGAUAAAGCAAAAGUUGGUUUUUAAAAACUGUUCCCUGCAGCCUCUCGUAAGAAACGGUAUUCCUUGGACGUACAAGCGCGGGGGUCUGAAUUCUACCCAUCCUCGUUUUAUUUUUUAUGUGUGAAUUUUAUCAAGAGGAUAUUUUCUGAGCGCCUGUCCAUUUCAGUAACUGUUUGUUUAUUUUUCAUACAUAUUUGCUGUUAAUUGGUGAAAAUCGGCCCGUAGUUAUAUUAGAAUUAAUACAAGCAUGGUAGGGGAUUAUAUGAUCUCAGAAAUCGAUAUAUGGAAAGCGGAAGCCAAUGUGAUUUUUGCCGUGAACUACUGUAUAGUAUUCAGCUAUUUCGUUUUUGCAUUUCAUUAAACAUUAGCUAAAAAUUAUAGAAUUCGUAAGGGGAUAGUCUGCUUGUUUUAGGGGAAAUGAUGUUGAUCUGGGAAUGAAAUCGAUUAGGGUAGAAAAGGUAUAUCUUGAUACAAUGUAAACCAGUUAGUCUGUUAAUGGGAUCACAGGCACCUUGAUGGGGUGGUGGACUUUCUCGUAUUUGUCUACUAAUUCUCUCUAUAUUUUAAUUGCUAUCAACCCCCGAAUCCGGUAUUUUCCAAUUUUCUAGAAUUUUUAAUAUUCCCCUCUAAUUUUUCUACAUUAAAAACAUUUAAAAAAAUCGUCCAAAAAAAUUUCCAAAAAUUAAUGAAUCAAAAAUCCCAGACUGAUUGACUCAUUCUUCGAUUGAAUGAAAUCUUGGCUAGAUAUUUGAGAAAAAGGGCGGAAUAACUGAAAAUCAAUGCUUUUUACCAGACUCCCCUCUUAAUUAGUACUGAUUUCCUGGAAUACCCCUUCAUACAAGGACACCAACGAUUUUAUUUCCAUUGCUAACGAAAACUCUUUCCAGCGGAGACAUGUCGUUACCUGGAAUGGAGAGCCGACCACAUCUUUGAUGGUAAACGUCUAAAACAUCACGUGAUUCGCAGCUUUGACGCCCUUGACGCGAAAACCUGUGAGAUACAUUGCUAUGGUGAACCCGACUGCGCUAGUUUUAACUUUAAGAAGUCUAGUACGAGCCAAUGUGAGCUGAAUAACGCCACUGUCGAAGAACAAGACGAUAAGCUGGAGACCAACGAUGAUUACGUUUAUCAAGGAGCCAAGGUAAGUGAGGAACUUCAAAGUGGACUUCAACUAAAGUACGGCGUUAUAUUUUAGCCCAGGGGGUAGGGGGGGGGGGGCGGUGGGUACUUUCCUAUGAGAGGCUAAUGGGCAUGUGUGAUUUUCGGAUUUUUCUGGGUAAGAGAGUUCUUCAUAUUUACGGUUAGCAAAUUAGACGUAUCAGAAUGUUUGUACUGUAGGUGAAAAGUAAAGUGUUCUUCAUUCAGUUUAAAAAAUGGGUUAAUUCAUAAAAAUAGAAAGUGACUAAGUUCGGAUCGUCAGAAUUACAUAUUUGCCCAAAAGUGACUAAGAAUGGGGUCUAUAAUUGGUCACAGAAUGGACUAUAAUGGGGUAGGGGCUAUGAGAGACCAGUGGCACAUACCCAGCAAAAAUUUCCCCAACUACCCCCUUCCUCCCCCCGCCCCCGGUUAUCUGAGGCAAAUUAAAGACCAAAUUAUAAACGAUGUACCCGGCAGCGGAUGAUUCCUUAAAUUUUAUUAUAGAACUAACCGGAAAAGAUUAUUAAAAAUAAUGAAUAUAUGAAUUUCAUAUGUUUGAACUGCGGGAUGAAUGUAAAGAAGUUCAUCGAAGAAGACGCAACUUGUGCACUUUGUGAUCCAUGAUUCUCAUGAUCAGUUAAACAGUUAGAAGUGAAGCUAAAGUUUCAGCUGCUACUUUAAAGUAAAUUGCUCUGAUCUCGUAAAUUUUUCGUCCCAGAACAAAUGUGUGAAUAACCUUUGCAAGAACAGAGCAACCUGUCAAACCGGUUUUACAGACAAAGGAUACCGCUGUAUGUGUGCUGCAGGAUUUAAAGGAGAGUACUGUGAGAUCGGUGAGUUUCUGUAGGUAUAUAAACAUCGUUUUUUCCUGUUGACCAUAAAAACUGAGUAUAAGUGCUCAUAAUAAUAAUAAUAAUAAUAAUAAUAAUAAUACUAACAUGAUGAUGAUGAUAACAAUAAUAAUUAUAAUAAUAAUCUAUAAUAGGGUUAAUUUAAUUUACCAGGCAAUGAGGACCUUUUAAGUCUGAGAUUCUACAAUAUAAUAGUAAUAUUAAUACUGAAAACAUGUACAUGCGUAUAGUUCAUGUUCGGACUUGCGGCACUUUGUAAUGACUUAAGGUCUCGGUAAAGGAAAACGAGGUGCCCACAGAAAAAAAUUCUAGUCGCGCGAGUAUUUUCGCUACAAAUGCAAGUUACAUAUCAAAUUAAAGCUAAAAGACUAAAUUACCUUAUAAAAGAUUUUAUUUCAUCGAAUUUCAAAAGGUGCUUAAGUUUUUUGUUCUCGAACUCAGAGGUAUCGAGUUUACUGCUGAAGCUCCAGCCCUUCCGCGUUGUUAAAUAUUCACUUCCUUUUUAUUGCAUCUGAUUGACAGAUAAAAGACCUAAAAAAGGGUGUGAGGAAAUUUGCAGAUGUCUCGUGUUAGCGGAAUUAUUGCAUUUCAAACUAAAAAGUCGAAUCUCGAGCGCGAUUUACGCAAAGAAACUGACAUAAAAUGAGUUACAAAGGGAAAUCGGAAAAUUCCUCACACCCUUUUUGAGUCUAUAUCAUUAUCCAUCAUAUCUGAAAGUUUCAAAGCGAUAGCUUAAAACCUGUCCCGACUGGAGGUCGGAGAAUUUUGAUUUUUGCGUCUAAAAUAGAGUGAGAGAAAAUCAGCUCUAAAGAUUUAGCGCGAAGUCCACGCUUGGCUGGUUAGCUCAGAAAAGGCUCAUUUUAGAAGGGUUAAAAAGCACUUUCUGAUUUUCUUUUUCUGCCAAAUCAAAAUUUAGGACCCACUCAUGCCAAAAAUCCAAAAAAAACAAAAUCGAACAAUGUACUAAAAUUUUCAUUUACCGAGACCUUAAUGUAAUUUCUGUUGCCCACCAAAGUAAUAAAACAAGCCUAUUAGGUGAAAUGUCCAAGAAAGCCAAUGGAAGCUUACCAACGUAACGAAACCCUAGAUGCACUAUCUAAAUAAUUACCAAAAGCCGAGGAAUUCCGAUAAAGAAAAAUAUCCAAGGUCAGCUGAGACCCCAAAUUAAACGUGGCCAUUUCAAGGACCGACCCUCUUAUUCCAUUUAACCCUUAAGAUAAACUACACUUUUAUUGAAAAAUCAAUUAAAAAGGAAAUAACAUACAUAAAGCUGUCGACACAAAUACGGAUUAAAUAAUUGCCUUGAUCUACAAACCUCAAUCAUAACGAAAUCAACUCGGGAACAAACUACAAACAAUCAGCGAAAAUCCUCACAAUAAUAACUUUCAAAACAACCGGCAAACGGUACUUUAGAACCAAUGAUUGGAAAGUAAUAUAAUAAUGAAGUGCAUAUUUUGCUAGCCAUCUAAACUUUCAGUGCGGUUUGUGUUCUAUCUUUAAUCAGUAUUUUUCUUGCUGUGAUUUGAUGGCCUAUUUUACUUGACUUUCCUACCAGUUGUAGACGAGUGCGCCGCUGGAACACACAACUGCAGCGCCAAUGCGUUCUGCACCAAUAAUGUGGCGGGAUCCUACACCUGCACCUGUAAUCCGGGAUACUAUGGUGAUGUAGAGGACUGUGAACCGAGUGAGUGAGGCCUUUUGUAUGGGAGAAAUUAAACCAUUCUUAGCUCUAAAUAAAUCGUGUUUUAUCUUCGUCGAUUCAGACUUAUUUAAUGGGCUCUCUUAAGGGGACAGAAGAUUACAAACAAUGUUGUUGCUCUAGACUGCAAAUAUGAAUGGCAGAAAGCGUUCAUCGAUCUCGUGUAAUGAUUUAGUAUACCAUGUUACAAGACAUACCUUGUUAGUGUCUAGUAAGGUCUAGCUAGGUCUAACGUCAUCUCAUUAGUAAAACAUAUUUGUCUAGUAAGUGUCUAGUCACUGCCUUCCUGCAUACGUAAUUAGUGGGUUCCUUCAUACUAGUAAAGAGUUGUUGCAAGAGAUAACUCGGAGCGUUCCCACGCACGUGCAGGAAAAACAGCGCUAAAAAUGGCGUUUUGGCUGUCUUUUAGAGCAGCCGCUGAAGCGGUUUAACAGCUCAGUUUCUUCUAUCUUUUUACGCUGGACUUUUUCUACUUCGUCAAUCGUCAACAGAGGUGUAGCGCUCGUUUCGACUUGCAUGUUUGGAGCAAAUGUUUUGGUGAUGGUAAGACUUUUUUCCUAGCAAAGGGAUUGCAAGAAGGCGAUGAUCGCGUUUAAAACUACCCACUUUUAUUUUGAACACAUAAUAGAUUCUACAUUAUCCAAUCGAGUGGGAGAAGAGCGGGUAAGUCUGGGCAAGCCUAUUGUUCCCAUUUAAUAAGAGAGACGCUCAUUAGAUAUGGAGGAAGGCACUUAUUAGCGUGGAGAAACCCACUAAUAUUACGUAUGCAGGAAGGCAAUGACUAGACACUUACUAGACACAUAUGUUUUGCUAAUGAGGUAAGUUCAUUUUAUUAUAUAGAUACUGAUGAAAUACCAGGGUCUUUCCUUUUACUAAAAAAUCAUAUCUUUAUCGCGCGCAGUGAAGAUACUAUUUUUAACUUUCCCGUGUGACGAUAUUUACUAACAUGAUUAGCCAAAAUUUUUCUCUUCUUUAUUAGAAUUUUGACUUUUUGGAACAUAAAUGUAAGUAUUAUUGUCUUUAUUUAAUAAUAAUAAUAGUAAUAAUAAUAAUAAUAAUAAUUAUUGUUAUUAUUAUAAUAACCUUUAUUUUAAGAGGGUGACAACAGUUACUAUAAAAAGUGUUCUCCCUAGUGGCCGUCUAAAAACAAAAUUGAUAAUAAUAAAUUACAACACUCCUGAUAAAAAGCCUAUUUACAAAUAGUAAUUUUAAUGAAGGAUCUUAAAAAUUCUGAAGAAGUAUUCUCCCUCCCUAGUGGCCCACUAAAAACAAAAUUGAUAACAAUAAAAUUACAGCAAUUAUGAUAAAAAGGCCAUUUACAAAUAGUGAUUAUAAUAAAAGGCUCUUAAAAAUUCUAGAGAUUUUGUUUCUCCUUUAUAACUAUAGAUCCAAGUUUCAUAACAUUUUUGUUGCACUAUUUUGCUGUUUCGAAAAUGAAUUUAAAAAAAGGUGUGUUUUAUGUAGGAAUUUCAUCAGUAUCUAUAAAAUAAACAGAACAUUACAUGGCCACUUGGCCGCGCGGACAUGUAAUAUCCUCUAUUUAUUAGUAGUUAUUUUCCUUUAUUUUCAUACAGUUUCCACGUGCAAAGACAUUUUUGACAAGAACAUGUGAGUAGCAAAACAUUAUUCGGAGUUUUUUUAAUCAAGAUAACAGAGCUUUCAGCACUGAUGUGUGAUGCUUACAUUUCAUGUACAUGUGGACAAAAAUGCGACGAAAUGCCCGGCAACCAAUACAGAAUAUACUUCGCGUGGGCCAAGACAGUUUAAGGAGAUUCAGAAUGGGUCAUAAUUGCCUGGUUAGUCACAUGGUACAGCAACGCCUUCCUUGAGAGCAAAUGCCUUGGGAGAGGGCAAAGACGUUAUUAUACGCUGUACGCACUACCUGCCUUCUCAUCAUAGCUAAGAGUUCGUAGUUAAUUUUGGCAAUCAGCGCAACCUACAGAUUAUAUUAAUUAGUUGGUUGGGUUAUUAUUUGCAAGCGCAAUUCAUGAUUUUCAAAAGAAAUGUCAAACUGUGUUCAGUGCGAUAGUGUGUUUUUCCUUAUUAUAAAACAAUUAAUAGACUUUAAGUUUUUGUAAUAUCCGGACUAAUAAUCGAUCUUCAUCUCGGUAAGUGUUUUCAGCUUCAGCCUUCGGCCUUGGCUGAUUUUUGCACUUUUGCUCAUCCAAUUAUAACAUAACAUAACAUAACAUAACAUAACAUAACAUAACAUAACAUAACAUAACAUAACAUAACAUAACAUAACAUAACAUAACAUAACAUAACAUAACAUAACAUACCAUACCAUAAAACUUUAUUUAUACUGGAAUUUUAGAGUAGCUAACAAGCUAAUUUCUUCGAGCUGACACUACAUGAAAAUAAUAUAGAAAUAUAUAUAUAGUAAUAUAAUGAAUUGAAGAUUUCAUCAGCUAUUAAAGUGCUCAAUAGGUAAACUAGAGCGAUGUGUAGAUUUGCAGAGUUGGAUUAUUUGGUCGAAGACAUUUAUUGCUACUCAGAGUUUCAUGCUCCUUGCGGAGCAAUCAUCAUAUAUACAUUAAAUCAUCAUAUAUACAUUAAAUGCAUUAUAAGUAAUAAUAAUAAAAUAAUAUUAAUAAUAAUAAGCACAUAAAAAAAAGAAAGAAAGAAACGAAAAUAUUAUUUACAAUUCACAAUUUUAAGUUUAAGUAUGUCAAGCAAAAAGAAUCUACAUGAAGGUAUAUCCUGUAUUUUGGUCUUAAAGUCUGCAAAAAACCUGGCACGAAAAACUUCCGGCAGUGCAUUCCACUGCUUAGCUGAAAAGUAAGAAAAGGAGUUAAGACCUUAGGUAGUUGUUUUAGGUUUACUUAGAGAAACAAUGUAGUUGCCACGAAGAUCAUAGGAAGGGGACCGGAGUGAAAACAUAUUCUUCGUAUAAGCAGGAAAAUGAGUGAAAAACAAACUCUUGUAUAACAGAAUGAGGAAAUUUUGAACGCUUUUGUUACACAACGAAGUAGAGUUGACUUUAGAGAGAAGAGUGUUGUAUGGAGACGAGCAAUCUCCAAGUACAAAUCUAAGUAUACUUUUAUUUAAAGCUCUUUGUAACCUCUUUGUUUGUCUUGUCCUGGUGUGUUAUUGCUCUUCAACUAGCUAGGUAAUACUUGUACUAGUCGUGACUCGGUGGCCAGCUGCAACCCCCAUGCCAUUUCUCGAAACUUUCCGACUUGAGUAUCACUAUUACACGAUAAAAGGUUCUCUUAUACGACAACCGUCUCGUAAUUUUUACUUUUAAGAUCCAGAGAAGACAAAGCAUACCCUCUAGUUAUGGAGGAUAAGGUUGUUGAUGUUUACUGUCAUAUGACCAUGGCUACGACUGGUAAUGACGCAUGCGGUGAUGGUGGAUGGACGCUUGUUAUAAAAAUGGAUGGCAACCAGGUAACCUUACAUUUAAUCUCUGAACGUAAUAUAACUAACCUUUGCUAAUUAAAAUGAAAUAGCAGUAUAUUUACAGUUUAGUUCUGGAACAUUACUCAAGUAAACAGGCGGCUGAUGGCUUUAUAAUAUAAACCAGUAUGAACAGAAUAAUCUAAAACAUAUCUUUGAUAAUUUAACAGUCCUUUGUCAAAGACAAUUGCUGGUUUUCAGUGUCACGCCAUUCAAUAUAGAUCAAAAUAAAAAUCAAAACGGUUCGAUAGAUAAAGUCCAGCAUCUGGGAAAUGAAAGGAGGUACAUAUACAAAGACCCUCGCCAAGAUUCAGGUCAGAGGAAUAUUUCGUAUACGAGAUAUCCGAAGAAAUGUUUUAUCCAAACUUAUAGAGAUUUGUAUGGAGACGCCAUGCUGGUGCUCACCUGGAUGAGCUCCAACAUGGCGGACGGAAACCAACAGAAACAUCUGUUACCGAGUUUUGCUACAAAAGCCUGAAUUUAAUCUUCGGGAAACUCAUAAACAUUAAAUUCAUACUUUUUUUAAUACAUGAACUGUUUAGAUAGCAAAAUUUCCUGAAAUAAGUCAUUUUUUUAACCUACAGGCAUGACAGCUUUCUUGGCCAUCAUGUAAAUGCCGCGUCACAAAAACCAAGAACCCAUUUUGAAGGGAAAAUUUGUAUGAAAAUUAGUUUUCAGCUACUCUGAUGAAUCGUGAAAGUAAAAUCUCGGUAGGAUCGAUAGUUUUUUAAGUUUGAAUUUUAGUGACGUCAUGUGAAAACCAACAAUAAGCAGUGACGGAUUCAGAAAAUUCAGAUAGGGGUGACCGGAACGUUUGCCAGCUAUAUAGAUACUGUUUAUGUUGAUGACUAAUUCUUCAAAAAUAAUACAAAAUUUUACCAAAAAAGAGGGGAAUAACAUAACAUAACAUAAAACUUUAUUUAAACUAAAUAAUAUCUUCGAGUGACACUACAUAAAAAACUAUACGAAAAUAUAUAUAUACAUUUCAAGAAAAAAUUUCAAUUCACAAUUUUAAGUUUAGGGUAUGUCAGGCAAAAAGAAUCCAUGAAGGUAACAUCCUGUAUUUUAGUCUUAAAGUCUGCAAAAAAAAACUAUAGAAAAAAGUCCGGCAGUGCAUUCCACUAGUUAAGAAAGGAGUUAAGACCAUAGGUAGUUGUUUUAGGUUUACUUAGUGAAAGAAUGUUCUUCACGAAGAUCAUAAGAAGAGGAAUAUUCUUCAUAUAAGUAGAAAAAUGAUGAAAAACAAAUUUUAUAUAACAGAAUGAGGAAAUUUUGAAUGCGUUUGUUAAACAAAGAAGUAGAGCUGACUUUUGAGAGAAGAGUGUUGUAUGGAGACGAGUAAUCUCCAAGUAUAAAUCUAAGUAUUCUUUUAUUUAGAGCUUCGCCAACCCCUUAAUCCGCCCAUUGUAUUGUCAUGGAGACUUGUUGUUAAGCCUCGAAUAAUGACGUGGCAUAAUCCUCAAUGGUUUGUAUGUUUUAACCCUCAAUUCAGUCGGCGUUUUUAAUUUCCUAGCCGAAUGUUACUUAAUUUAGGAAUUAAGGCUUUAUCCGCGUGGGACUAGCUUCUGGUACUUCACCUAUAUAUUAAAUUAUGCACGUUUUUUAAUUUGCCAUUAAUUGUAAAUGACAUCAGAUCAGAUUGCAUGCAUGUCUGAAUUAAGACGUAUACUCCGGCAAAAUUCUACUAUGAUUGGAGCUAUGCUCUCCCCAGGACCAUUCCCAGAAACACUCAGAGAAGAGCUGGCUCACGUUCACAGAAUGACUACUUACAGAUCAGGGCACUUUUUAAUAGAUCUAUCUUCGCCAUCUCUGCACGCACAAGAAUAAACAAACUCGACGACGGUUUCUCGGCAUUGGCAAAUUUUAUCAGUCGUUUGCCGCCUGAGAAAUUACGCAACAUCGUCUAUAUCCCACCAGGUCCUUAAGCGGGUGCAAAGAUAAUGGAUAUCGUGUAUAAGGUCUAUUAGCUGAUGAUUUAUAAAAAUUACAUUUUAAUGCUCUAAUUAAAAAAUAGGAACGCUUAUUUACUUUGCUUAAGAUUGUUACUAAUAUUCCUCCAACAGCAAACUUUUCACUACAAUUCCACACUUUGGGAGAACAAAGACACCUUUAACAUUGACGGCGGAAAGACUGGGUUUGACUCGAAGGAGACAAAACUUCCCUCCUACUGGAACACAUCCUUUUCUAAGAUUUGCCUCGGCAUGAAGAUCAACAACCAGAUCAAUUUUAUUGAAAUCACAAAGAACGCCAAUUCCCUGUAUUCACUGAUGGCUGAUGGGCUAUACUGCUACACCUCACUGGGUCGUGACACGUGGAAGUCCGUGGUUGGUCCUAAUGCCUCCUUACAGUUAAACUGCAACAUGGAAGGGUUCAAUGCAGAGUGUACCAAAAUAGGACGAUCUAAAGCAAGAAUCGGCAUCCUUGGUAGCGAUGGCGAGAAUUGCCACUACUGUAACUCCAGGAUCGGUUUCGGCACUGGAGGAGAUCAUGACGAUUCUAACACAUGUGGAAACGACGCUAUAAAUGACGGAGAUAAUGGGGCUCAGCAUAUUAAAGCCAUGGGAUACAUUUUGGUACAGUGA